AUGGAUAUAAAUAAAGUAUUUCUUAAAAUUAAGGAGUUAGACCAUACAAAUAGUAAGCGAGAAACUUUACGCGAAUAUUGCAGCAAUAAAUUUGAUGAGAUCACAAAGUAUUUACCUCGUCGGAUAUUACAGAGUGACGGCGCAGAUAUUUUAGAUUCUAUUUUUAAUGGCUUACAAACUUCUGAAACUAAUAGUAACAAAGCAAAGAUAAUAGACAUAGUGUUAACUGUGAUGAGAAAAGAAGCAACAUCUCUCACUCACUGUGGAGAUGUGAUAAGUCGUCUGUGUUUAGAACUUCCAAAAAUGCCAAUUGCUGACCUGAUACGAUGGAAUAAUGAUAGUGUCCAAUCUAUAGUAAAUGACAAUGAUGUUAAUGUGAUAUGGAGAGAUGUUCUUCCUGAAUGCCUCUAUGUCAUAUCAUCUGAAAGCACUGUGAAACACUGCGGUUCUGAUAUGUCAGGGAUUGAAUACAAGGCUCAAUGUGUUCAUUUACUAUGCAUGUGUCAAUGGAAGGAACAUCAGCUAGUACCACUCACUACUAUGUUUAAGGACAUACAACUAUCUCGGUCUGACCACAAGCAAGUGGUAAAUAAGAUAUGCACCUACAUAAUGGAAACGCCGCCUGAAAGUUUACCACCUUUGCUCCAUCAGUUAUUAAAAUUAUGCAAAUUAUACAAUGUGGAGAUAGUACUAGCCCACCUCAGUCAAUACUUCAAUUUGCAUUUGUAUAGCAAAUUAGAGCCUCUGCCAGGCGAUUCAGAAUCAAGCACGAUGGAAAUUGAUGAUAUAGUGCAACAUAGCCCUGCUGAACUCAGCCGAUGCCUGUCAACCUGCCUAUAUCAUAUAUCCCAGGGGGCAGCAGACCCUGAGUUAAUAAGGAAGCAUAUCAAGCAGUGGCCCAAGAGCCAAAUCCUGCGAACUCCAUUCCUCUUAGACCUGGCUCUAGCUGUCUCUGACAAGGGCUCAGAAUUCAAAUCAGUUUGCUUGGAUGUAAUAAAGGCAGCUAUAGAACAGCGGACGCUAGACGAUCUAAAAAGACAGGAGUCAAGUUGGGUGCGGUCUGUUCUUCCACCCGACAUCAAUGUUGCCAGUGUUCUCAAAGUGUUGACUGAGGAGAGCGCGAAUCACAGGGAACUAACCGUUCGAGGUCUUAUCAACUUGGCGUUCACAUUAUUAUCUGUGUCGCGAGUUAAGCCGGUUUCCCACGCAUGCUGGUCCCACGGAAAGCUGAUACUCGUCAGAUUGUGCAAAUCACAACCUAAUACUGCGCAACAUAUACUGGCGCAACUUGCUGAUAGGUUGUCUGCAGAUGCUAGUCAGCGGCAGUACUCAGAUUGUCUCUACGUUCUGUGCAAGUUGACACCAGUCUCAGUAGAGUCUUGUACCCAGCUGAGUACGAUACUAGAAAAUUGUCAACCCGGCGUGUAUUAUACACACUCGGCCGCGGUGUAUGCAGCUGUCCGUCCGUUGAUUACGUUCAGUACCAGAACUAGGGACACGCUCGUUAUGGUCUGUCGUAAGGGCCUAUAUUCGAGAGAUUCUCAGCACAGAUGUCUAUCAUUAGUGGGCUUCUUAACAGUCCUGAAACACAUGAAACUGUCAUCUACUUCGCUGAGCAGCACUCAAAGCAGUUGCAGUGAGCAAUACAGUGCACACUCUUAUCUCACUCAAAUUACUAUAGAGUUACACGCAACGCAGCAAGGAUCUAGGGUGACAUCGAGGGUACGCAAUGAAGCAAUUUGUUUGGAAGUUGUCUCCAUUUUACGAAGGUGUCUUGUCCAGGAUGCUGUGGUCAAACAGUUGCUUUACACAGAAUUGUAUGACUGCGCGAAAGAAAAGCCAGCACUACAAGAAUCAAUUUUAGAACUGCUAUAUGAACACGUGAACAAAUUCCUAUCUGAUGAUGGAGACGCUUUGCCGUUCCUGUGGGAGAAGUGUGUCCACUCCGGACCAGUCACUGCCAAUCUUGUUGAACCAAUAGGAAGGCUGAUAUAUGGUAUUGCUCAGUUUCUCCUACCCAUGGAUGACGAGUCGGAUGACAUUCUGUCCAGUCAGAGCGAAAGCGAAGCUACACACUUACGUAACAAGUUAAUAGGUAUUAUGGACAAAUUGUGUGAUUCCGAGCAUUUGAUGCAUCUUGAUGUGGAUGAUCACGGUGUAUCAGACUUAACGCCAGAGUCCCAAGCUCAGAGGCUAAAGAUUCAGCAGACAUUACAAUGCUACGAGGCGCUCAUAGCUCAUAGAAUCAUACAGUGGACGCCGCAUACUACUUACGCUAAUUCUGUAUAUAAUUUCUACAAAAUGUAUUCCCAGCUUUUAGAUAAUACUAAGGCAACACCGAAAGGUAAGAAAGGCAAAUUAAACGAAACGGGAGACGCAGUCAAGUCGCAGAAGAGUCAAAAGUCGCAAAAGGAGAAGGGGAGGGGGCCUAUCAAGUUAUCCAACAUGGCGAAGGAUAGGGCUGGUCCUUUCAAACCUUUGCCGUGCUUGUGGGACUUAGGGUUGUGCCAUAGGAUACUUGAAUUACUAUAUAACGAAGAAGUUACCUGGUCUUCGUUAGAACAGCGCAACCAAAUUCGUAGCAAGCGUGAAUUUCAUCAUUUUACUCUUAGAUGUAUACAGAGUGUUCUGAACGAGAAACUGGACAAAAGUGCUGUUGGUACACACGUGUUUCGUAUAGCCACACUCCUUUAUAAACGAUGCUUAUGUAGAUUUCAAGAUCUAUGCGAGUUUGAUGACGUCACAGCCCUGUCUUGUCUCGACGUCAUUAAAACAUGUCUGAAUCUGGUGCUUUCCCCCCAGUACUCUUUCAAAAUUGAGAGUAUUUUGUCUGGAAUAACUGGAGAUCCCGAUACAACGCCAUCUAUGAACAUGUCUCAAAUCCUAAGGAAUAUACACACUGCGCUUGCGCAGCUCGAAGCAGAAAGUGUGGCUGAAGAUCGCGAUGUACUAUUAAAGAAGCACAUUAGCUUACUACUGCAGAUAGCUAAUAUGUUAUUUGAGACUCCUGUUAGCGCUUGUCAAGCACUUAAUACGGUAAGAGCAAAGUUAGAAGAUUACGUUCGGACGAGCAAGCAAGAUUGUAUACAGCUGGUUACGGGGUUGUUAACCGCUGCAUUUCGUGAACACAGAGAUGCGGCUUUCUUGGACCACGUCAUAUUUAAACUUACCCGAGUUUUGGGUAAGAUUGAUGAAGAAGAGUCGUCGUCCACAGAUGAGAAUGAAGAUUUCCCAGCUAUCGACUCGCGAACUGGCCACACAGUGCUGACCAGUGUAUGCCUGCAUUUGAGUAGCCGAUUCAAAUGUAUUGAGCACUUGCUGAUUCGUAGUAAGGAUUUGAGUCUAGCAGUUAACUUGGCCACAACGUCCAAUCAACAGAGGAUAGGGAAAGAAUUGGUGGAUGUAUACAAGUUGGUAGUGGUGCAAUUAUGCGCACUUAGCGGAUGGAUGAGUCGCAUCUGUUCGUUGCGGUGCUGCGUAGGCGCAGGCAGCGAGCGCGUACUGGCUUCGUGUACGCGUUUUUACACGCUGCUGUCUAUCUUAUUGAAACAGCUGAAUUCACAAACUGAUUUGGUACCUACCUUAAGGUUGGAUAGACUAUUCAAGUUGUGCGGUAAGAAGUUAUCAUCGGUGACAGACGGUCUCAUCACCUAUUUGGAGGCAUCGCAAGAGCACCAGAAGGCCAGCAAAGUAUUGCGGGACACUAAGCUCAUACCGCGUUUGGUACUCGAAGCGGAGCAAUUCUGCAAACACGCUAUACUACUGGGUAAUAAGGUUAAGGUGGACUUCCAACAAUAUUUAUCUCUGGGCACUGCACGAGACUUUAGAAUCAAAGCACCAGUUCUGAUGGAGGCACUUAAUGCGGGGAAUGACGAAAAUAGAGAUCCAGAAAUAGACCAGACAACACCAACAGUAUUAUCCCCAAUUGAAAGUGAGAACGAACAAGAGAGUGAUGAAGAAGACUCAAGAAGGAAGCGUAAAAGAGUUUCAUAA